AUGAUCCGUCGUGGCAAGACCACAAUCUUCACCGACGCCAAGGAGAACACCACCGUGUACGAGCUGAAGAGGAUCGUGGAAGGAAUCUUAAAGCGAGCUCCUGAAGACCAGAGAUUGUACAAGGACGACCAGCUCCUAGAUGAUAAUAAAAGUCUGGGCGACUGUGGCUUCACCAGUCAGACCGCGCGGCCCCAGGCUCCAGCCACAGUUGGAUUAGCUUUCCGCUGCUCGGGUGAGUAG